AUGGAGGUCGAACCUUCUCCAACCAAACAGGAGACUCCAACUCAGCUCCCAGAGCCUCUUAAGGAGGUUGUGACUCAACCUCUAGUGAAUCACGAGGUGACAACUCCACCGUCAGGUCAGAAUCAAGCUCAACAUUCAAACUUGCCCAAAGUCACAAUUAAACCUGUAGACCUGGAGCUUACCAUAACUCCAGAACCUGCUAUGGAAGUUGAACAUUCUACAACCCUGCAGAAGACCACAGCUUCUCCUACAAAGCAAGUCACCAUUCAAACUUUGGACCUGGAGCUUACCAUAUCACCAGAACCGAAUACAGAGGUUGAGUCUACUCCAAUCAAGCAGGAGACUCCAACUCAGCCUCCAGAGCCUCCUAAGGGGGUUGCAGCUCAACAUCCAGCACAUCAUGAGGUGACAGUUCUACCUUCAGGUCAAGAUGAAGUUCAGCAUUCAAACUCACCCAAUGUCACAGUUCAACCUUUGGACCUGGAGCUUACCAUAACUCCAGAACCUAAAACAGAUGUUGAACUUUCUCCAACCAGGCAAGAGACCCCAAAUCAGCCACCAGAGCCACCUGAGGAGCUUACCAUAUCUCCAGAACCCACUAUGGAGGUCGAACAUUCUACAGCCCUGCAGAAGACCACAUCUCCAAAGGUGCAGAUGGCUUUAACUGAGCAACCAGAACAGAAUGCCACCAAUGGAAUGAAGACUGGCAUAUGUGAGCUCUGUAUCUGCCAAAACGAAACGCUGUCCUGUACUGGCCUCCCCCCAGAGAAGAGGCUCCUCAGAGUCCCUGUGCCAGAGCCCAACGAGUACAAUGGCACCUUCACUGUCUUAAAUUUCAAAGGAAACUCUAUUUCUUACAUUGAGGAAAGUACUUGGAAGGCAUACCCUUGGACUGAGAAACUAAUUCUCAGUGACAAUCAUUUGACUGAAUUACGUAAGGAUUCAUUUGAAGACCUGCUAUCCCUCCAGUAUUUAGAUUUAUCCUGCAAUAAAAUACAGUUUAUUGAAAGACGUACAUUUGAAUCACUGCCUUUUUUGAAGUUUAUAAAUCUUCGUUGCAAUUUAAUCAUAGAAGUUGGCUUUGGAACAUUUCAGGCCUGGCAUGGGAUGCAGUUUUUAUACAAGGUAAAUCUCAAUCAUAAUCCUCUGACAACCGUUGAAGAUUCGUAUCUUUUUAAAUUGCCAGCAUUAAAAUAUUUAGACAUGGGAGCAACACAAGUGUCACUUACAACGGUUGAGAAUAUCCUCAGAAUGACGUUCAAGUUGGAAAAACUUUUGACUGGAAUAUAUGGCUACGGAUUGACAAAAAGCUGUCCCAUCAGUCUUUCAUUGUCAAACGCAGUCUCUUCUUUUUUGGCAGGUGAAGAAGCAUCUCUAGGGGCUGCAGAAGGAACAUUUAUGAAGGCAUUACAAGCCCGGAAGAAGAGCACCAGCACUGAGCUGACUAUUGAGCCAGAAAAAGCAUCCUCAGACAAAAGUGGUGUCAAUUUGUCCUCAAACCCGGGUGAUCAAUUUGAAACUCAGCUAAACCAACAGCUACGGUCCCUCAUCCCCAACAAUGACGUGAGAGGGCUUAUUUCUCAUGUUAUCCGGACUUUGAAAACGGACUGUUCAGAGCCCUAUGUACAACUGGCCUGUGCCAAGCUCAUCUCCAGAACAGGCCUCCUGAUGAAGCUUCUCAGUGAGCAACAAGAAGUUAAGGUGUCCAAGGCAGACUGGGAUACAGACCAAUGGAAAACUGAGAACUAUAUCAAUGAGAGCACAGAAGUCCAGAGUGAGCAAAAAGAGCAGGAGUCAAGUGAGCUCACAAAAGAAGUUCCAGGAUAUGGCUAUAACAACAAGCUCAUCUUGGCAAUAUCUGUGACUGUGGUAGUGAUGAUUUUGAUUGUAAUUUUCUGCCUCAUUGAGAUUUAUUCUCAUAGAGCAGCAUCAAAGGAAGAUAAAGAAGGAUCCUCACGGCCCUCAGGCCCCCGUUUGACCAAGACACGCCCAGAUGGUGCAGAGGCCGAGCGAGGUCAGGAAUCCGGAAGCCAAGAGCUGACGCAGACCCUGUGGGAGGCGGGUACCGAGUUCCUGUCCUCGGGUCCCAAACCUCCAAACCCAGCUUCUGUUUCUGCGGCAGAGAAGAGCAGGCAGUGUAAAGCGGCUGUCCCGCCCCGCGCCCCUACCGGGCUCCACGACUGGCUCCGCGGGCCGGAGGCGGGGCCAGAGCGCCUAGCCAACGUGACGGCGUCAAACGUCGCUGGCGCCGCUUCCUGUUGUCGGUGGCCGGGAGGCCGCAGCUUCCGGUUAGUGGCUGAGGGGCUGCAGUGGAGCGGAGUCCCUGCCGCCCGUUCUCGGCUCCCUUUGGUGAGUCAUGGGUCAGGGGGCGAGGAGGGCAGCUGA